AUGUCUGGAAGAGGCAAAGGCGGAAAGGGUCUCGGUAAAGGUGGCGCUAAGCGGCACAGGAAGGUUCUCCGUGAUAACAUCCAGGGGAUCACCAAGCCCGCAAUUCGCCGCCUGGCUCGCAGAGGAGGAGUGAAGCGAAUCUCCGGCCUCAUCUAUGAGGAAACCCGUGGAGUGCUCAAGGUCUUCCUGGAGAAUGUCAUCCGCGACGCUGUCACCUACACCGAACAUGCCAAGAGGAAGACUGUGACCGCCAUGGACGUAGUCUACGCUCUUAAACGCCAGGGCCGCACUCUUUAUGGCUUCGGAGGUUAA